GACAAUGCUUGGUGACGGGCAUGGACUUGCCCCGAGCUUACGAAUGCAGUGCACCUGUGAGGGCAUUCGAAGGGCGGAAUCCGGAAUCUGCGGCCCGGGUGGCCCGGGUGAGCCGAGAUUUUGCCAGGCUGAGACGGCACAGAGCAGCCAUUGGCGAGGAGGCGGAGGGAACGUUUGUGAGGGGGAAGAUGCUCCGCGAACGAGGAGGGGCGUACAAGUGUUCCUUUCCCUUACAGGCAAGAAAUCGUGUAAGUGGGAAGUCGACUUCGUUGAGAGUCGGUUUCAGAUUUGAAGUAUUUGACUUCGGUUCAACACCCGGGCUCAACUUCAACUGAAACCGAACCCGGGUACCAACUGAAUAAUCCUCUUCAACAACCUGGUCAGAUACUCAACAGACACAGCCCACCAUGGCCUUCAUUCGCCCCUUCAAGCCCGAAGACACAGAGAAUGCGAAGCACAUUUGCCGCGCAACGCUGCCCCCAUCCCUCGCCUCCUCCCCCGCCGCCGUCCGCAUGGCACCCUACCUCUGGACGCUGCAAUUUACCCACCUCUUCCCGCAAAACUGCUUCGUCCUCGACGACGGCGCCGGCAACGCCGUCGGCUACGUGAUCGGCACGCCCGACGUCUUCGCCCUGGCGGACGCCUACCCGCGCUACGUCGCCGAGGUGCUCCAGUCGGAGCAGGGCAGGGAGGAUGUGCCUCCCCCGAAGAAGUUGGACACGCUCGAGAGCUGGAACGUCCUCGUUGGUAGUGGUGGUGGCGGUGGUGAUGAUGAGGGAAAGGUCUCAACGGCAACGGUCACGGUGAACCCCGCGUGCCUGGCGCAGAUGGCGUACAAGGUGCAGUGGCUUGUGCUGGAGGGCGUCGAGGGCAAGAGGGAGCUGGUGCGUGAGUACCGGGCGAUGCUGCAUAUUGACUUGUUGGAAGGGUGGCAGGGGAAAGGGUGGGGAAGGAAGAUGAUUGAGAGGUUCGUGGAGGGUGUCCGGGCAUCGGAGAUGGAUUUCGGGAAGGGGAUUCAGCUGGGUGUGGCAGGCGAAAAUUCGAAGGUGGUGCCGUUUUAUGAGAAAGUUGGAUUUAGGGUGUAUUCGGGGGGUGAGAGGGAGGGGAAUGUGUGGAUGGUGAGGGAUCUGUAGGGGGCUGGUGUGUAUAUGGUGCCGGCUGCAGUGCUGUUCAAGUUUGGGUGGGAAAGGCGUCCUCUGCAACGACUGUUACUGUUCCUUCGUAAAAAUUAUGCAACGCGGUCUAAUCACUUACCUGUAGGCGAACAUGUUGACUCUUGCGAUUCCAAAGGGGAAACUGAUGGCACCAGUUAAAGAGAUCGAGAAAGGUGGCCAUUUGAACCGCGUCAACACAACCUACAGUUACGUAUUAUCCAAAUGAUAGGUUGUCAUGAUAAUCUGAAUGGGAGUAAGUCAGAGUUUACGAUAUAUGGUAGUUAUA